CAUCUUUGUCGGGAACAUAAACAACAGCAGCCAGUCGCGUUGGCGUCUGGGCGGACCGCUGUUGUCUCACGGACUACGACUACCCGUCUCCCCGCCACGGUGCUCCUAAUUUCAGCCGAGGAUGAUGCCACCUGCCCUGGUAACCUGAGAGAGCGCGUGAGAAGCAAUGGGGGUCUGCGGAUUUGCACACCGGGAAGGAGCGGAGGUGUAGAGGGGGGCGGGGAGGGCAGCAGAGGGGCCUGUGGGUCCUGAAGAGAUGGACCAGGAGUACGAGAGAAGGCUGCUGAGGCAGAUCAACCACCAGAACCUGCCGACAGAAAGCCGCCUGACUAAGGGUCUCGGAGCCGCCUGCAGCCCCGUCGCUGUGAAGUCAGGAGACAGAUACAUUCCCACCAGAGCAGGAAGCAACUGGAGCAUCAACUUCCACUACGCCAAUGUGGUUGGAGCAGGAGAAGAGCUGAAAUGUGCUGGGCAGCCGUCCUCCAGGACCCUGAUCCAGACAUGUCCACAGCUGAUGCAGCCUUCUCCUCAUCCUCCACAGGAGAACUGCCGCUCUCCUGCUCAGACCCAUAAAGCCAAGGAUGCUAGCUCAGACUCCAGUAAAGAUGCCGUGGCGUACGCCGCCCUCCUGAGGAACGAGCUGCUUGGAGCGGGGAUGGAGACGGUGGCGGAUCCUCACGCUGACGACCGGCGACAUGCGGUCCUCGCUCAGGACUCUCACAGCCUUUUUAGGUUCACGGUCCACACUAAGAGAGUGCCUUCUGUUAGUGAUAAUGAAUUCUCCCCGUACUCCCUUUCUCCACUCAGCAACAAGAGUCACAAGCUGCUCCGAUCACCUCGCAAGCCGGCGCGAAAGAUCUCCAAGAUUCCCUUCAAAGUGCUGGAUGCUCCGGAGCUGCAGGAUGACUUCUACCUCAACCUGGUGGACUGGUCCGCAGGAAACCUGCUGAGCGUGGGCCUGGGGGCCUGCGUCUACCUGUGGAGUGCCUGCACCAGCCAGGUGACCAGGUUGUGUGAUCUGUCGGUGGAUGGAGACUCCGUCACAUCAGUGUGUUGGAAUGAGAGGGGAGGUCUGGUCGCCGUUGGAACCCACAAGGGUUACGUUCAGAUCUGGGAUGCAGCCGGAGGGAGGAAGCUGACUUGUCUGGAGGGCCACUCGGCUCGAGUGGGUGCCCUGGCGUGGAACGGCGAGCAGCUGUCGUCCGGGAGUCGGGACAGAGUGAUCCUGCAGCGGGACAUCCGAACGCCCCCCUCUGCUGAGAGGAGGCUGCAGGGUCACAGACAGGAGGUGUGCGGUCUUAAAUGGUCUCCAGACCAUCAGCACCUCGCCUCUGGAGGCAACGACAACAAGCUGCUGGUGUGGAACAGCUCGAGCCUCGUCCCUGUGCAGCAGUACAGCGACCACCUGGCAGCAGUGAAGGCCAUCGCCUGGUCGCCCCACCAACACGGACUGCUGGCGUCCGGUGGAGGCACCGCCGACCGUUGCCUGAGGUUCUGGAACACCCUGACGGGUCAGGCGCUGCAGAGCACAGACACCGGUUCCCAGGUGUGCAACCUGGCCUGGUCCAAACAUGCCAACGAACUGGUGAGCACCCAUGGUUACUCUCAGAACCAGAUCCUGGUGUGGAAGUACCCGUCGCUAACACAAGUGGCUAAGCUAACUGGACACUCCUACAGAGUCCUGUAUCUGGCCGUGUCCCCCGACGGAGAGGCCAUCGUCACCGGAGCUGGAGACGAGACGCUACGUUUCUGGAACGUCUUCAGUAAGACGCGAUGCACUAAGGAAUCGAAAUCCGUGCUGAAUCUGUUCACCAGGAUACGGUAGUGAAGCGCUGGGGCGAGGGCCGCUCCAGGAUGAACCCGCCGGGUCAGGGCCCAACCGCACAGAAUCAACUGACAACACUCCCAGCCGCCUCCAUCAGACACUUGACCACAGGACAGAGCCGAAACGUCCCAUGAUCCUCCACACCGAUAAAAAACCAAACACAAGCCUGCUUCUCUUUUCUGUUGUGGAUGUGAUGACGUUGUUUUAUUAUGUAUUAGCCUUCUGAGCUGCAUCAUGUCAUGUUUUUAAUGAGGGGCUCCUUUGUUGGGGGGGGGGGGGGGGGUGAUGAUUUA